AUGCUCGACCUCCUUUUCCUUUCAUUACUACAUCUCUCAAGAGCUUCCCCAGAGCCCUGGAUAGCCAAUGUUUUGGGUGAUCAACUCCAAAAUUCACUACUAAAUUCAGCACCACCAUUUGCUGAUUCGUUGAGAGAAAACUUGCCAAAAGAUUGGAAAGUGCCAGACUCCGUGUUGGAUGGAGUCAUCGGUGUGACAGCGGAUGCGCUGGCAGAUUUUGCUGGAUGGAAUCCGCCCUCGCCAAACGGAUACUCAGAAGAUCGAGGUGGUUGCCGAUGGUUUGGUACGGCGCCGUUUUGUGUGGAAACCUGCCCCACGGAUUAUGAUUUUAUUCGGGAGUCCAGCGGCCGGUGUCCAGAUGACAGUGGCCGAUGGUGUAUUCCGGAUGCCUCUUUUGGGCAGCCGUGUUCUGUAUUUUUCGGACUGGGGAUGACAAAGAAGUUUUGUUGCAAAAGCGACCCGGUCGACUGUACGUGGAGCGGUCGCUGGAUGGAGGCUGAAAAUGGCUAUAACAUUUAUUGUAGAUACGAUUCUUCUGUUGGCAGAUGUGGCCAACUGCACUGCUCAAUCAACCAUCGGGAUCGGAAAGCUGUGGGAAAUUCGUUGAUAGAAGGCGAACGGUGCGACGAGCUGGAGAUGUGGGACAGCGAGGGGAAGGCCACCUGCGGGCUGAUCCAGUGGACGCGAAACGGCACGGUGCUGAACACGUGGUACAAAACCCAG